AUGGCUUCUCCUUCCAAGGCGAAGGAGGUUUUCUCCUCCGACGAGGAGGGCCCGGCGGCCGGCGCCGAGGAGCACCACAAAGUCAAGGUGUCCAGCUUGCCGUUCAGCGUGGAAGCCCUCAUGUCCGACAAGAAACCCCCCAAAGAGCUGCCGCUGGCCGCGGCGGGGGGCAGCGCCGACGGGGCGGCCGUGGGCACCUCCAGGAACCUGCUGCUGCCGGGCCACGGCUCCCGGGACGCGCACAGCCCCCCUGGGGCGCUUACAAAAACCUUCGACACCGCUUCGGUCAAAUCGGAGAACUCGGAGGACGGCACGUCCUGGAUCCAAGAGGCCGGGAGAUACUCCCCUCCGCCAAGACACCUGAGCCCCACUGCCUGCACCCUGAGGAAGCACAAGACGAAUAGGAAGCCCCGAACCCCGUUCACCACUUCCCAGCUGCUGGCUCUGGAGCGCAAGUUCCGCCAGAAGCAGUAUCUGUCCAUCGCCGAGAGAGCCGAGUUCUCCAGCUCCCUCAACCUCACAGAGACCCAGGUCAAAAUCUGGUUCCAGAAUCGGAGGGCCAAGGCCAAGAGACUGCAGGAGGCUGAGCUAGAGAAGCUCAAAAUGGCAGCGAAGCCCAUGUUGCCAUCGGGGUUUAGCCUCCCUUUCCCCAUCAACUCUCCCAUCCAAGCUGCCUCACUGUAUGGAACAUCCUACCCUUUUCACAGACCUGUGCUUCCUAUCCCGCCCGUUGGACUCUAUGCUACUCCCGUUGGAUAUAGCAUGUACCACUUAUCCUAA